UGCCCCACACGUGGAAGGUUGGGUUAUAAAGCCUCUCCCACCCCAGGGCUCAGUAUUGUACACUUCUGCAGCUUUCUGCUCAGCUUCUCCUGGUGAACGCUGGUAGAACUAAUCUCGCCUCCAAGAUGUCUCAGCAUCAGUACAAACAGCCUGUGAGCCUUCCCCCUGUCUUCAGCCAGGAGCAGUGUAAGCAGCCCUUGCCCCAGAUCCCUGACCCUGUCCCACAGGAACAAGUAAAGCAACCCACACCAGUACCUCCACCAUGCCCAGUGCCCGAGCAAGUGCUAGAUGUGCAAGAAGAGACCACCAUUCCUGUGAAGAUAGUUCCUACUCUUACUCCACAGCUGGAGCAGAAAGGAGGGCAGGAACUGGAAGAGCAGCUAGAACAACAACUGGAACAUAAGCAAGAGCAGCAACUGGACCAUAAGCAAGUGCAGCAGCUGGAAGAACAGCUAGAACACAAGCAAGAACAACAGCUGGGAGAGCAACGGGAACAUAAGCAUGAGCAGCAACUGGACCAUAAGCAAGUGCAGCAGCUGGAAGAACAGCUGGAACACAAGCAAGAGCAACAUCUGGGAGAACAGCUGGAUCAACAGCUGGAGGAGCAACUGGAACAUAAGCAAGAGCAACAGCUGGAACAUAAGCAGGAGCAGCAGCUGGAAGAACAGCUGGAACACAAGCAAGAACAACAUCUGGGAGAGAAGUUGGAUCAACAGCUGGGAGAGCAACUAGAACAUAAGCAAGAGCAACAGCUGGAACAUAAGCAGGUGCAGCAGUUGGGAGAGCAGUUGGAUCAACCACUGGGAGAGCAACUGGAGCAUAAACACGAGCAACAGCUGGAACAUAAGCAAGAACAACAUCUGGGAGAGCAGUUGGAUCAACAGCUGGGAGAGCAACUGGAACACAAGCAAGAGCAGCAGUUGGGACACAAGCAAGUACAACAGCUGGAAGAACAGCUGGAAAAGCAGGAAGAGGACCUGAAGCAGCAGUUGGAGCAGCAACUAGAAGAGAAGGAAGAGGAGAUGAAGCAACAGUUGGAGCAGCAACUAGAAGAGAAGGAAGAAGAGCUGAAGCAGCAGCUGGAGGAGAAGGAAGAGCAGCAGUAGCAACAGCUGGAACCAGAGCAGGAGCCUCAAGAUUGUAUUGAUCCUGAGCUUGUCCCUCAGGCUUAGAAAGGCCAUGUCCCUCCGGUAGAGCAGCAGCAGCAGCAGCAGCAGCAGCAGCAGCAGCAGCAAUAGGCACAUUGGCCCUUUAAACAACAGUAACUCUCCCCAGCUCCCCCGGGACCUCUUCUUGCCACAAAAUGAAGAGUUAGAGAGAGACCCCCCAGGCUUACCUCAUGCUUUCCCCAGCCUAGGUGGUCUCCCUCAUCCUGUGAAUGUUCCUGAUUCCCUUCCUCUCUCUGCCAUGUCUAGGACAGGGAGAAGGGAUCAAAAGAGGGGAGACAUUUUCUCCCUUGUCCCACUUCCCCUCAACCCCUGUCCCAACCUCAUCCUCACCUUGGGAACUGAGCCUUUGCUUGGUGGACUCUAUAACCCUUGUGGUGUCAUAAAUUUCAUUCUUAGGUUUUGUGUCUAUGUAUGACUGAUUCUAUGUGAGUGGGCAUUUGUAUUCCUAAUAAAUCUUGAAAUUCCUGAAA